UCCGAGCAGAAAUUAGUUCACUCUCUAUUGUGUAUAUAUUUUUUCACUGUGUUUGCUUCAAUAAGAACUAAGAACGUUCGAACAAAUACAAAAAAAUAAUACUACCAUUUUGGAAUUUAUUCAUAGAAAUAAUUCGGCCUCGAUGUAAGGAAACAAUAUCCGAUCGAAAUGUGAUUAGAUCUAUGACAAAAUACUCGAUUCAGCGUAACGUACCCCAUAUAGACAAAAAAAAAAACGAAUAUUUCCAGCAGCAAAAUACUCUGUGUGGAACCAUACGACGAAGAAAAAAAAUCUAUGUGAAUAUUGUUUUUGUAAUUGUUGUAAUUGUAAUACGAACGACGACGGGCUAUGACACCUUGUUUCUGGUGUUGAUAAUCAAGCAGCAGCAGCAGCACUUUGUUCUUCCCUUUGCUAUGCGCCUUGGAACAUAAUCGACCAGCUGCCAAAGAAGUUGCGGCCAUUUGAAGACAUCAAAAUAGCAUGAAGGAUUCAUUGUUCGGUGCCACAAAUCCAACUUUAUGUGGAAGGCAAAGUCUAGUGCGAAGUUGGAGUUUUCAAAAUCACAAAUAAGAAGAAAUACCUAUUUCAUAAGUUAUAGAUAUUUGCUUGCAUUGGUGGAUUAAUGCAAAAUAAAUACCCCUUGUCAUUUGUUCAGCGCGGAUCACUUAUUUAAAUAAACAAUACCAGCAUCAUCGCUGUGCCCAGCCAUCAUUGAUCGAUAUGACCUGCGAUUUUUGUGCAAUGCCCACAGCAGGAGUUCUAGGGAAACCAAAAAGGAAGAAUUGAAAUUGAAAACGAAUAACAUAUGAAUUUACUCGAAGCAGGCUCCUAUUCCACACAUCGUAGCGUGUGGGUGUGAAGCCAAAACAAUUUACCUGACCAAAUAACGGCAAUUGAUCGACCGAUAGGCGGUUUCCUACAACCGACUAUCAAUAGAAACAAAAUUAUCGCAAAGGUAGUAAACGACAGCGCCACUAACCGAGUAACCCGUAAUGGGAAUACUUCUAAGAAUAAACCAAGACUAUUUUAAAUAAACAAACGUGUUUAUCUUAAGGAUUAUGUUUAACUAGUAACUAUAUGAAUAUGUUUGCCAGACUAAGCGGCGCUUCUGCUAUCCUUUUAAGAGUUUACUACGGCUACCUAGAUUACAACACCCACAACAUCGGCUACGGCAUUGUAGAAUAUCGCGCACACCAAUAAAUAUACAACCAGUCGCUACAGCUUGCGAUAGUCAACGUCCGCAAUAGUGUGGAUAUGGAUAACAACAACUAUAACUUUAACAACAAUAACAGUGAAGCCGAAAACAUGCAGCGAGGUCAAGAGGAUUUAAUGCGCAGCAGUAGCAGCAGCACAACCACUGCCUUUGAAUAUUCAUUUCCCACCAACAAUGAGGACGAGGAUGAUGACGACGACGAUGACACCGAAAGUAAUAAAAGUACACCGUAUUUCACACCUAUGGAAUUUAUACAGAGUCCAUUUGAGUUUCCGACGCCACGUCUGCCGGACACAACAUCAGCGGAACACCAGCUCACAUCAGCAGCUGCUGCAACGCCGUCUAGUAAUGCUCAAACCUUUGCCAAGACUAACAACAGUGAAUUGGAAAGUAUGCCCUCGAAAGAUCAUCAUCAGCAGCAGCAUCAUCAAGUCGUAGAUAACCAACAAAGCCCCCGAAUAUUACAAUUAUCUGGAGCUGCACCAGGCACGCCAAAAGCAGCGGCGGCCCUAAUCAAGCAUUUAGAGCCAUCAUCGCCGAAAGUAAAGGGCAAAUAUAGACGAUUUUCGCUUUACGAACGGCGAUCUUGUUCACCACAACAUUUGAUAAUCAAAAACGCAUCGUCUGUGGAAUGCACUGUGGAUACUGACAAGGAAAACACCAAGCCCAAGACAAAGGCAACAGACAAACACGACGAGAGUCACAGUGGUGGCAACAAUUCACCUAGUCUAGUCCUCGAUGAGACAACGGGCUCCCCAAGAAUUCUGACAUCAUCGGAGGCAGCCAUGAUAUCAUCGGGACGUUUAUCAUACUCUCCCAAGCUAUUGACGUCCAUCAAUAAUCUCCACUUGGGCUCGCCGUUGGGAGUUAUAAGCUCGGCUGGCUAUAAAAACGGCAAUUAUUUCAAGUUUCCCGAAAUUGACCAUGUGGUGCAGCAGGAAACGUCAAGCCAGACUGGAUCGACUGCCGCCACCGCCCUGGAUGACAAUUCCAGUGUCAGUCGCAGCAGCAAAGACAAUCAUAAACGUGGAAAUCUCACACGGAAAUCAUCCUCGAACGACAACCAAACGACUUCCACACCGAAUUCGAAUUACGAAUCGUUAAAUGAAGCGGAAAUGGAAAUCAAACCAACAACAACAAGUGCAAUUCUACCGAAAAUCGAAACCAAAAGAAACCGCAAAAACAAGAAUAAUCUAACGAUAAAAAUAAUAAACAAUUCAUCUUCCACCGCCAGCACCACUGGGUCCUCUUCCAUGUCCGGUACUACCACUGGACCCUGUUACGAAAAACCCCCACCCUCACCGAAUUCGAGUAACAAACCGAAAACUCCCACCAUUAAAUCAACCAAAGAAAAGGCUUUGUCAUUGGACUCCGCACACUCGGCCAAGGAAUGUGGCACCGCCAUCAAGUCCACUCUUAUGAUAAAACCAGAACUAUACCUAAGCUGUGAUGAAAUCGAUUCAAACUUAAGCGGAAGCUCUAAUCGUUUAGAAGUACAUUCACAUGACCGACUGCGCUCACACCACCCGAGCAAUACACGAUCUACUUCAAUGUCGCAGCUUUCCAUCGGCCACGGUGCUGGCAAUAGCGCAAAAUUGAAUAAAAAUAUACGUCGGAGAAUACCCAACUCUAAUAGUGUGGACUGGCAACUGCAUCAAAGAAAACAUCCGACUUUCCAUCAUGUCAUACCGGAUCCCAUUAAUAAAAAGUUGACAGAGAAACGCGACGACGCAAAACUAGUAGUCAUCUUGAAGGAAGAUGAAGAGGUGUCGCCCGAGCAACAACAGCAGAUUCACAGUUAUUCAGCAUUGCAGACUCCCAACUCCAGCACUUGUACAUCCACUCCGUCAUCGGCUCUUAGAACACCAUAUAAACACAAUCCAUUGCUGCAUAACUCCAAUACAAAUCUAAAGACGUUACCUGAAUUUCUAACUCUGGUGGAAUUUUCAACACCCACGGCCUCGGCAAUGGGUGGCGACCAUCCAUAUAAACAAAAGUCCAUGGAUUUGCCAAGUUCAUCCACAGCAGUUGCCCCACUGGCAGGAGGCAGGCCACCGAAUUCUUCGUCGUCCACCAAUCUCCUACAAAGGAGAGGCUCCAAUCACAGUCUUACAUUGAAUCUUCACUCCCAAUCGUAUUCUAAUCUCCUCGGUUCGUGUCGAUCGGGACUUUCGGUAUCCAAUUACAGUCUCGGCUCUGUGGGUAACUCCAGCAAUAACUUGAAUUCGAAAUCCAGUUGUAAUUUAAAUUUGUCAACAACACAAACAUCACAAACAACAAACACCACCGCAACCGUAACAAGCCAAGGUGCAAGACAAAGUCUUUUCCGUAGACGAGGAUCCAAUCAAAGUCUUACCCUCACCAAUCUAUCCUGCGGUAAUUUGAAUUCAUUUGCUAGCCAAAACUCGUUGAAUGUUGAGAGAUCAGGACAGUUACCAAGUCUAGCCAGACCCAUAGCAAAUGCCUCGCUUACCACAACACCGCGAAGAGGUCUGCUCGAGAGAAGGGGCUCAAAUCAAAGUCUAACGCUCAAUAUGAGUAGUUCAUUUGGAGGCAUUGGCAGCGAUCGUGGAGCUCUCGGCAACAGUAGCAUAAAUUUGGGAGAUGCUGCAAAGGCCGAAGAAGAAAUCAAAGCAUCCAAUCAUCAUUCUACACUGAUGCCCAACUGCUCUGUUCAUUCCCAUCAAAGGCGUUUCUUUAGCAGUGAAAGCUUGAAUCGUAACAAUAGUUCACAGUUUGGCGAAUUGAAUCCACCACACAAGCGAAAUGCCAAUCAGCUAUGUUUCGGUUCGGUAAACGAUCUCAAACCUAGCCCGGACCGAGGUUCUUCGCAUAAUUUGCGUGACGACAAUACCAAUACACAGGUCGAACAUUUCGAUUUCAAGGAGACAUCGGUUUGCACAUGUCCCAGUAUACGCAACAUCAUGACAAAGCCCCUCUCCCCCCAGACCACAAGCGAAGAGUUUAAAAUAUAUUUGGCCAAUAUUCAAAUGCUGCAAAACGCCUCAAAUGCUCUGAAUCAAAACGAUUUAAUCAAACUCAAUUAUAUAUUCGAUAACAGUUAUGCCUCACGUUCCAAGGGAAUAGCCGACCAAAGUAUACCCAUAUUAAUGUCAACGCACAACCAAUCGAGCAAAGAAGCAGAAACACCCCCACCGGCCAUGACUUCCAAUUCGGAGGAUUGUGAAAUUAUCGAACGAUAUAUGCAAGUGGUUCGAGAUAUUCUGCAGACACUGCAGCCAGACGAGGAGGAGCAGAAACGAAUGUUUUUGAAUUUGCACAAGGAAUUUUGGGAUUUGCCAUUGAAUCACCAGGAGAAACCGAUGGUCUUUGGUUCGCAGACCAAAAAUCGUUACAAAACGAUAUUGCCAAAUGAGAAUUCUCGAGUUAUCUUGGAAAAGGAGUCGAAGCUACUAAUGGAAAUGAUGGAAAACUGUUGUGGUGGCAUUCCAGAGGUGGACGAGGAAACGCUGAUCGAUGGCUUGACAAAACCAUCCAUGUUAGUUGCCGAGGAAGUGCCCUACAUCAAUGCCAACUAUAUUAAAGGUCCCGACUAUACUUCCAAAUGCUACAUAGCCACUCAAGGCCCUUUACCGAAUACAAUUUACGAAUUUUGGCUAAUGAUCUACCAGAAUACCAAGAAAUAUAUCAAAAUAUCUAAGGGUCCGGAUAGUCCUAGCCGACGACAAGGCAAGCUCUUGCAACAGUAUUAUCAGAAAAUAGUAAUGCUCACCAAUUUCUUGGAGAACAAUCGACAGAAAUGUUCGGUUUACUUUCCGGUGGAGCUAAAUGAAAUCUUUAUUACAACACCGCGGGAAGAAGUUGUCCAAGCCAGUGAAAAAUUCACUGAAUUCAUUUGCCCCUAUCUGAGUGAAGAAGCCAUGGCGACGGAAAUCGAUGAGUCUGAGGGAACCGCAGUGAAAAUAAUAAAUAUCGCCUGCAGCAAAGUGGAAGUAAAUGAUGAACUUAAAACCCAUUUGCCGAACAGUAAAAGCUUCUUUGUUAUGAAAAAUGUGGGAAUUGUGAAGAAGAAUGGAUUUUCAAUUAGGAAAAUUCUCAUCUUGUAUUGUGCCAACUUCACGGAUGUGGUCAAUAUUCCCUAUUUGUUGAUUAACAAAUUUGUUUGCUAUCACUAUUGGUAUCCAGACUGGCCAGAUCACCGUUCGCCGAGGGAUAUCAAUACACUACUGGACAUAUCGCUGCAUGUCUCCAAUUUGGGUAAAUGUGAAUCAGAGUUUGAAGUGUUUAGUGACGCUGAUGUGACACCUCCCUCCCAUGUUAAUGCCCAAUCCACCGAAUUGUAUCAGCAGGAUAUAUUCAAUGCUGUGCAACCUCUACCGGUCAUCCAUUGUUCGGCUGGUAUAGGUCGCACUGGUUGCAUGACAGCCAUUUUGAAUGGCAUUCGCCAGGUGAGACAAUCUCUGGCCUACUCGCUGACUUCCAUGGCGGCCAAAGCGGCGAAACAAGCAACAUCAGCACAGGCUUUAAGUCCAGUAGACUUCCGUUUGCCGCGCCAAUUUCUGGAAGAGGAUGUAUUACUGCUGGAGGCUCCCAUGCCCACAGAUAUCGAUUGCAGUUUUACACGCAAUACCUUGCUGUAUAUGCGUUAUAUUUUGAAAAUGGAAAAGAAAAUUAAAGAGCAGGAACAACAGCAGCGACAACAGCAACAACCGGCAGUAUCCAAUGAAAGCCACGGAGACUGCAGCGAUAGUGAUUUGUCGCCACACGAAGAUCGCGAAGAUCCAAACACCGUUGGAGAGGAUAAAUGGAGACUUCCUUCCGUUGCCGAACUGCCAAAAAUGCCCAACAUUUUCGUUGAUGUAUUGGGUAUUGUAUGUAAUUUACGUUUGCAAAGGGGUGGAAUGGUACAAAACUCCGAACAGUAUGAGUUGAUACACAGGGCUAUAUGUCUAUAUUUAAAGAGGACAUUUGCUUUGAAGCGCUUUUAAAUGUUUAGAUAGGCAUUGAUGGCUACGCGCGCCCUUCCAAGUACACGAUGGUGGGCCGCAAUUAAAUAUUAAUGAAGUGGCGAAAAAUGAAGAUGGUAUUGAGAAAAACAAAACUCUUCGAAAAAUGAUUUUAUAGCUUGUAAGAUAACUAGUUCAGCUAACAAAUGUAAGAUAAGUUUUACUAAAAUCAAAGCGACAAAUUAUUGUAAUUUGUUUAUAAGUUGUAAUCGAUUCAUUCUAUAUAUACACAUAUAUUU